AUCUUGCACUAUUAUACAAUAAAUACUCACCUUCACUUAUUCUAAACGGUUCACGCCUUUCUUUUAUACCACAAUCUACAAAAUGUCUUCUCCUCAGCCCCAGAUGGUCGCCCAGCAGAUGACUGCCGAGGCCCCUGCCCGAAUCAGCUCCGAGCAGCCGCGUCCCGUCCAGCCCAUGGCCAUGGAGACCACCGCUAACAUGCGUGGUGGCGAGGGCGAGAAGGGUGCCAUCUGCUGCGGUAUCUGCGCCGGUCUUGCCUGCUUCGAGUGCUGCGAGUGCACUGAGGACUGCUGCGAAUGCCUCUGCUGCUAAACGUUGUGCGAGGAUCAUAUAUGAAUAUUGAACAUGGAAAUACAUGGAUGGAGGGAACGGGAGGGUUCCAGGAGCUUGUUUCUUUGGCCGACAUCGCAAAACGGCGUGUUGGCCACUUAAUGAUAUGAUAUCCCAGACUAUUCAGUCUCGACGAAUAGAGCAAUACCCACAACUUUUACAUAUCAAGAGAUUACACAUUCGCGUGC